AUGUUCGGAACGUUAUCGGAAGAGGCAGAAGUGAAGGUGCCCGCAAGCAAAGCUUGGGCUCUCUACGGCACUCUUGAGAUAGCAAAGCACGUCAUCGGGAAUGCCCUUGAAGCGGUCGAUGUGAUUGAAGGCGAUGGCGGGCCCGGUACCAUUCUCAAGCUCACCUUUAAGCCCGGGUUAGGUUUCCCGUAUUAUUAUGAGAAGUUUACAAAGGUUGAUAACGAGAACAUGAUCAAAGAAGCUGAAGUAGUGGAAGGGGGGUUUCUUGAUGUUGGAUUUACCUUAUAUAGGAUAAGGUUCGAGAUCAAAGAGAAUCCAAAUGAUGAUAUGGGCUCAUCUUGUCUUCAGAAACUAACAAUCGAGUAUGAUGUUAAGGAAGAGUUUGCGGCCAAUGCUUCUUUUGUCACCAAUGAGCCUCUCCUCGGGAUUUUAAAAGUUGCAAACGAGUAUCUUUUGAAAUCUAAUUAACACAUGAAACGGUUAUCAUUUAUCAUGUUUAUGUGGAGUUUUUUCCCAAAAGGGUGUUGUGGAAAAACUUAAUUACCAAAAUGGGUACUUUUAGAAAUAUUUACCAAAAUGGGUGUUUUUUAAAUGGUUA